GGCAGUCGCAGAAAGACAAGCGUGCGCGCACCUCGCUAGUACAAUUCGCAACGUCCGCGGCGCGCGUGCGUGCUUACUAUUAGUGCGGCUGUUUUGUGUUCACUAGAUGUUACGUGCAUAAUACAACAAAAUGAAGUUAAAUGUCAAAAUAUUCGAUUUGGUCCCGGCGCGGUUCAACGUGGCGAUCAUGAUGUUCUUCGCGUGUUGGGUCAACUACAUGAUGCGGGUUAACAUGAGUGUAAACAUUAUUGCGAUGGUACCUGAUGACACCGCGACCACAUCGGUGAAAAGCGAGUGCGAGGCCAUAGUGACAAACGAUACAUCCUUAUACAAUAGUACCGUGGUCAUGAAGAAAGAACUGCGACAGCCAGAUGGCAUAGUCACCUUCUCAUGGACAGCACAACAACAAGCCUACGUGCUCUCAGGAUAUUUCUGGGGGUACUCCAUCUCGUGCCUGGUCGGAGGAACCGCAGCCGAGUUCUGGGGCCCGAGGAAGUUGGUGUUCGUGACGAUGCUGCUGAGUGCCAUCCUGACGAUAUUAAGUCCUCAGGCAGCAAGGUUGCAUUAUAUGGUACUCGUCGCCGUACGAUUUGUUAGUGGACUUGCAGCGGGAUUCCUGUUUCCAGCGCUGCACGCGUUAGUUGCCCACUGGGCUCCCCCCGCGGAGAAGGGCAAAUUCGUGAGCGCGCUGUUAGGCGGAGCUAUCGGCACAGUGGUCACUUGGUCCCUAACUGGACCCUUAAUUGAAAACUUCGGAUGGGAUUACGCAUUUUAUGUACCUGGGGCGAUUGCGUUAGCAUGGUGUAUGCUAUGGUGGUUCCUGGUGUACGAUUCUCCGGUCCAGCAUCCACGCAUUUCAGAUAACGAGAAGAAAUAUAUCCUCGAGGCCAUUGGCGACAAAGUUCAUCAGAGCACUAAAGAAUCCAAGAUCGUGCCUCCUUUCAAGAAGAUUUUGACAUCAUUCCCAUUCUUGGCUAUGGUGAUACUCCACUACGGUAGCAAUUGGGGCUUGUACUUCGUGAUGACGGCGGCUCCUAAGUUCGUGUCGAGCGCUCUCGGGUUUAACCUGACGUCUACCGGCACCCUCUCCUCGCUGCCAUACCUCGCUAGAAUGAUAUUCUCACUCAUAUUUGGAGCCAUCGGUGACAGAAUCGUGAAACAGAACAUAGUAUCGACAACAUUUAUGAGGAAAUUCUUCUGCCUAUUCUCUCACGUGGUACCAGGGCUGCUCCUCAUAGCUCUAGGCUACACUGGCUGCGCACCCAUCCUCUCAGUGGCCUUGAUAACGUUCUCCAUGGGGUCUAAUGGCGCGGCUACACUGACGAACUUGGUGAACCAUCAGGAUCUGGCGCCAAAUUUCGCGGGCACGUUGUAUGGUAUUGCCAAUGGAAUCGGCAAUACUGCAGGCUUUGUCACUCCUUUGGUGACUGCGCACUUCACUAAGAAUGGAAACGGAUUCGCUGAAUGGCGGCCGGUGUUCAUAACGGGUGCUUCUUUAUACAUUGCGUCUGCCGGGUACUUCAUACUCUUCGGGACGGGAGACACGCAGGAAUGGAACUACGUGGUCCCAGUCGAGGAAGAAGAGAAAAACGAUAGAGAAACCAACUCCACGGAUACCACCGUCACGAUCGCGCCCAAAACAUAAAUAAUCAAGUACCUACACAAUUUGGUACAAUAUUGCAACAGCGAUGCGUAAAUGAGUCUGCUGAAUAGGUAUUUUUAAUUAAUAAGUAGUUUUAAGAUUAGGUUUCGCCAUAUUUUUAAUGUCUGGGUUUAAAAGAUAUUAGUUAUAGUAUAGUAUAGUAUAGUAUUAGUACAUAAGUUCUGCUACUUUUUAUACGUGACUUCUUAUACGUUUUGUUUGUCUUUGGUGUAUGAUAUCUAACUUAAACUUGUGGUUUAAGUUAUUUAAGUAUUAGAGUACGCUCACAGUGCAAACGAAACAGUCGGCCGACAAUGGGCUCGACGGUUGGAAAAAAAUAUAUGAAUUUAAUAAAAGAUUUUAAUCUGAUAUCGGUCGAAUAUCUGAUCGUUGUUGCGUGCGUAUUAACAUUCAUUUGCAUACUGAUUUAUGAGCCGAUCAAACUAUCGGCCGACUAAAAAGUGUGUAGUGUGGAGAUACUCAAAGUGAUAGGUAAAUGACCAGAUACAUAAGAUAAAAUACCUAUAGUUUUUUGUACGUGAGCAAGUUCAAAAAUAGUUCCUAAGCUGGAUUUUUGUAGCAGUUUCAAAAUUGGAUCAUUCUAUUUAACCGUGUCUCAAUUUUAUGUGAUAGUCAUUUAGACCAGUACAAAUAUAAAUAAACUUCUUCCCGUAGGUACCUGGAUAAAGUAUAGUCCGGUUACUUGCGGAUAGUGCAGCUCCCCAAGAGUGAAAGAAUUUUUCAAAUCGUUUCAGUACUUUCGGAGCUCUGCCUCACUAGGACGCCAUGGCGACGUCGCCAGCGGCACAGGUCUGGCUACUUCUGGCAUCCAAAUGUCGCCAAGUCGAGUGGCCAUGGCGUCUCGACAGUCAAUUGUUUACAUCGUCGCUGAAGAAAUUGCACGCUGUCUGGCGACCACACUGGCGACUGAGUGAGGGAGGUGCACUUUACCGGGUACAAUAUAGUGGCAACCGUGGCAUCGUCGCCAAGCUGCCAGAGUAGCCAGAAGCCACGUAGGGAUCUGUAGCUCGUGGCCACGCCUCCAAUUUGGCGACGUUGCCAAGUGAGUUAGGUUCCAUACAUUUCAAUACUAACUGCUUGGAUACGUAGCCGGCGACGUCGCCAUUGGCGUCCUAAUGAGGCAGGGCUCUUAGGGUACAAACAAAAAAAUGCUUCUUUAUCAUAUUAGUAUAGAUAGUUUGCAACCUGCAAUAUGAUAUGUACUUCUUCCUCCUGCCAUGUACCCAAUUUUAUUUGGAAUCGGCGCAAUAUGUCAUCCUCUGUAUGAUAUGAUAUUUAUAUGAUAUGUUCUUAACUGUUGAUAUUGUACUAUUGCUAGACCCGGACUAAAACAUAAACGAAGUUAGCAGUUUUUUAUACUUCUUCUUGUAAGAUCAAUUUAGGCCAGAUCAAGUGUUUCUCGGAUAACCUUUUUCUUGAAAACUGUAUAUUCUAAAAUAUAAGAAUUCCCGUAAAGAUCUCGCAUUUAUCUCUGUAGGGAGAGCAUUGAAUUAAAAUUCGCAAUACAGUAGAAGUUUGUCUCAAACUAAUCGCUUACAGAUUAGCACCUUUUUACGAAAUAUGUGCUUGAAUCCUUUCGUCCACAAGCAACGCAAAUCUUUAACAUCUGCCAAUGAUCGUUGUCGCUUGUAGAUCAAAAUAGUAAGGUAUUUAAGAUUUUUAUAGCGUUGUGUGUUGUAGGCCUGAAGUCACUCGAUGAAUAUAAGACGACAUAGCGCCUCGUCCUCUUUAUUAGGUACCUCAAGAUAAAAUAAGGACGUUUCAUAUUUAAAAGCGGAAUUUUUCUUGGAGUAAAAAGACCACGGUUUGAACUGGCAAAAAGUCUGUAAAAUGUACUACAUGAUAAUGACCAUAACAAGAUGAAAUAUGUAGGUAUAGGAAGAAAAUAACUUAUUACUUUAUCCGCAUCACCUCUUCACAGAAUGCUUUCUCGUAUUAUUAAUAUAAUUUGUAAAUAGCCAAAUUAUAAAUAUUAAAUAAUGAAUUAAUGUAAUUUUUAUUAAUACGUGUAUACGUUUUUAGUUUACUUGCAUUAUUUAGGUUUUGUUUUAUUCGUGACUGUGAUGAUGAUAAUAAGAAUGAUUUAUGAGAAUUGCGUAAAAUAAAUUAAAUUAUUCCUCUAUCAUAAAA